UUUCUCAUAUAACGUAAAAAUACUGAAAAUAUUUUAGAAAGAAUAUUCAUACAUGUGGAAUUCAGCAGAUUUACUUAAAACAAUAAAUUUUAAAUUAGUUCUAAUGUUUAGUAUAGCUUCUAAGUAUUUACCUGAUAUUGUGUUGCAAAAAUGUACACAAACUUAUUUUAAAGUUAUACAGUGGAAAAAUUUUGGUUUUAACGGUGCUCACAGUCAAAGUGCAACAGAAAUUUUACCGAAAAUGAAAAUAAAACUAUUACCGGCAUUAAGUGAUAAUUAUAUGUAUCUUAUUAUUGACGAAGAUACAAGGGAAGCCGCUAUUGUUGAUCCUGUUGCUCCUGAAACUGUUUUAAAAGCUGUUCAAGAGGAAAAUGUUAAAUUGAAAAAAAUUCUAACCACACAUCAUCAUUGGGAUCACGCUGGAGGAAAUGAAGAUAUGGUGAAAAAAGUACCCGAUUUAGAGGUGUAUGGUGGUGAUGAUCGAAUUGGUGCCUUAACACAUAAAGUUAAGAUGGGCGAUAAAUUCACGAUUGGAAAAAUUAAUGUGGAAUGUUUGUUUACGCCAUGCCAUACAACUGGUCAUAUUUGUUAUGUGUUAGACGAUGGCGGUGAUAGUUCUUCCGUAUUCACAGGGGAUACAUUAUUUAGUGCAGGUUGUGGUCGUUUCUUCGAAGGUACAGCAGAACAAAUGUUUCGAAAUCUAAUUGAAGUAUUAGGUAAACUACCAGAUGAUACAAAAGUAUUUUGUGGUCACGAAUAUACCUUACAAAACUUACGUUACGCAAAGCAUGUUGAACCAAAUAAUGUUGAUAUUCAACAACGUAUUGAAUGGUGUAGAGAAAAACGUGAAAAUGGAGAACCAACGGUACCUUCUACAAUUGGGAUAGAGAAAUUAAUAAAUCCAUUUAUGAGAGUUGGUAUUUCUAGCGUUCAACAACAUACACAAAAAGAGAAUUUAGUUGAUGUGAUGCAUGCACUUCGUAAAGAAAAAGAUACUUUUAAGUAAAUAAAUAAAAACACAUGAAUUUUAUUUAAUAAUAAAUUAUGUACACACAAAAAUUCCACAAUACAUCUUUCUUUUU